AUGGAAUAUUCUCAUCGUUCUCGCUCUAAUGCUGUUUCCUUUUCUGAACUUCAAAGAAGUCUUUACAUGGCUGACGAUUCUUAUGAUAAAGAUUUAUACCAAUUUGAAAGAGAUAUAAUGAAUCAUAGUUACCCAUCACAUAAUUCUAAUUAUUACAAUUAGUUCAAAAAAACUAGCUAACAGAGCUUAGCUACAGAUGAAAACGGGCUUUCCUCAUAUAAUUGUUUAAAUGAGGGAUCUGAAAAUGAGUAUAACUUAAAUAUUCAUUCUAAGACAUGCCUUGAUAAUAGUCGAUAAGUCUCUAUUGAUAAUUUAAGAUCUACUGAAGAUCUUAAGGUUAUCAGUGAAAUUUUUAUGAAAAACCUAAACAUCCAUGAAACUAAAAUAGGAGGAAAUAAUGAUUCCAACAUCCCUACUGCUAAAUUGAUUUAAAAUUGA